AUGGAAGCAGCAAUGAGUCAGGCAUCAAAUUCACCGACUUGUUCUACUACAUCUUUGUCUUCAAAUAAUAAUGAUGGUGAUGAGUUAGCUGCAAAACUAGCUCGGAGAAAUAUGAUUGCAGAAGGAGAAUCAGUAGAACCAUCAAAACCUCCCAAAAUUGGCAUCUACUCAGAAUUCUAUGAAUUUUCUCGGAAGCAAAUCAAACAUUUCAUGGAAAUUUUUACAAAAUAUGAUGAGGACCACGAUAACUUCAUUGAUUUUGAUGAACUGAAACGAAUGAUGGAAAAGUUAGGUGAAGCUCAAACGCACAUCGCAUUGAAAAACAUGCUUAAGCUGGUAAAUCAAGAUGGUAAAGUAAGUCUUCGUGAAUUUAUGCUCAUUUUUCGAUGUGCAGCAUCUGGGCAGUUAUCAUGUGGCAAAGUUUUCAAUGAAUUAGCUGCAUCAGUAGAUGUAACCAAAGAAGGAGUACAUGCAGCCGCCAAUUUCUUUCAAGCUAAAAUUGAAGAGCAAACAAGAUUGAGCAAAUUUGAAGAAGAAAUUCGAGCAGAACAAGAAGAAAGGAAACAACAAGAAGCUAAAAACAAAGAGCGUCGACGUCACUUUCUUGCUAAUAAAGCUGCUUUUAUAUGA